AUAUAUGAUUUUUUUUAGUUUGGAGGAAAGUAGGAGAGUAUUUGAUAGUAGUAGAGAAGAAGAGGGAGUAGCCCCAGCCCUCCGUCUAAACCGAUCGCACACCCAUCCGCCGGCGUCCUCAGCUCGAUCUGCUGCCGAAAUUCGGCGCGGCCGCCGCAGCAUACACACUCUCCUCCCCUUCUUGACUCCCAACUCGCCGUCUCCUCCCUCCUCGCUGCUCUUGCCCCCGCCCCACGCGCGCGGUCCACUCCACCAUCCCUUCCUCGUCUCCUCCGCUCCUCGCGCGUCAAGACGAGCCACCGCUGCCGAUCUCCAUCUGGCGAGCAGAGCAGAGGAGGGGAUCUUGGUGUAAGUUUGUGAAGCAUCAGAGGACAGUUGCAUCAAUAAAGUUGUCUCACGAUGGCCUAUGAUGGAGAUGAGGAACAAAGCCAGGAUUAUCUAUUCAAGAUUGUUCUACUUGGUGACUCUUCUGUCGGUAAAUCAAAUUUGCUGGCAAGAUUUGCAAGGAACGAGUUCUAUCCAAACUCUAAAUCUACUAUUGGAGUGGAGUUCCAGACACAAAAGUUGGUAAUUGAUGGCAAGGAAAUCAAAGCUCAGAUAUGGGACACUGCUGGACAAGAGCGCUUCAGAGCAGUCACAUCUGCCUACUAUAGAGGAGCUGUUGGAGCCCUACUUGUUUAUGAUAUUAGCAGGCGUCAGACUUUUGAUAGUGUUGGUCGAUGGCUGAAUGAACUGCACACUCAUUCCGAUAUGAAUGUCGUCACAAUUCUUGUUGGCAACAAGACCGAUCUCAAGCAUGCGCGUGAGGUGAGCACCGCAGAAGGCAAAGCUCUGGCUGAGUCACAGGGCCUCUUCUUCAUGGAGACCUCAGCCUUGGACUCAUCAAAUGUCGCGGAAGCUUUCCAAACUGUAGUGAAAGAGAUAUACGGCAUACUAAGCAGGAAGGUAUUUCAAUCUCAAGAGCAGAAGAGAAGCGAGCAGUCAUUAAGCAACGGGAAACCCGUGAUGCUGAGCGACUCCAACGAACCAACCAGUGGUGGGAGGUGGUGCUGUUCUUCAUAGAGCCUGACCUGAUGACAGAGCCCUGGUGUAAUGCCAUGGGAUUGGGAGACACAUCUGUCCAUGUACUGCUUCAGGUUUGGUUUAGUGAAACAAACAGUGGUUCCCACCUUCUUCUCUAGAGGUAAGCUGGCUGAGUGAGGUUGGUUGUAUGAAAAAGGCGUGUGUGCUUGCUUUCCAUCAGAGGAAAAAUCUCAAUGUAUAGUUCGAUUGAUCCCCUUUCUGAGGUAUUGGGUAUACGUGAUUGUGUAAAGGAAAAAGUGUGACCAACUGGGCUGUUGUGUCAUUCUCUCUACAUCAUUCUAGCCUUAGAUUACUUGCUUUUUUGCCGUGCUUUAGCGAUCUUGUAUUCUUGUUGUUCUUCAGCUCAAUAGCUCUACAUACCUUACAUGCGUCUUAGUGCAGCGAACUGCUAAACAUGACAAGCAACAAAAUGUAUUUAAAUAU